AUGGAAUCAACCUCAGCACCAACUUAAAUUGAGACUACUAUUGACACUACAACAGCUCCACCUUCAAUCAAUGAUAUUUCCACUAAUAGAUACUUGUCUGUUGAAAUAUCCAAGCUAAUGCCAUUAAUUACAGAUGAUCUCUCUGACCCUGAGACAAGUAUAUAUCUCAAUGCGGCUGUAUUACUAGCAAAAGAGAGCAAGGACAUGAUGAGAACUGAAAACUUUGCAUAAGGUAUCAAUAAAGCAGCUAAGGCUUCUGCAAAGAUAGAAAAGUUAUGCGAUGCAAAGCUUGAAAAGAACCCUGAAUUCCAGAUAUUGAAAGCUCCAUUCUACUAUUUGCUGGCUAACAACAUCAUCACCUACGUUGAAAGAGCUUCAGAUGUGUUUGGUAAUGUCGCUUAGCUACCAGAGCCAGAAGAUAGCGAAGCUGAAAGUGAAAUUGAAGAGGAUGAAGAAGAUGAGAAUGAGCCUGAUGCAUCAAAUAAUGCAGAAGAGGAAUAAAAGCAAGGUGAUAAGGAAGAAGAGAAGUCAAUACCAAAAGUUGAUGAAAAUGAGCCAAAAAUAGAAGAGGAAAAAUAGUAGCUGAAUUAGCUGGAAUAAGAUGAACCUCAUAAAGAUCCUGAAGAUUAUGCAGGCUAAUUAUGUGAUGAUGCUUAUGAACAUCUUGAAAUAGCAAUCUAGUUGAUGGAAAACUUUAUGGAUUCGUAGGGUUGCUUAGAAGCCUAUAGACCAUUGAGAAAGCAAGUGAUAAUUAACCUAAUGAUCGAUGUGCACAACAGAGAAGCUGAAUUAUUCUCAUUCAAGGAAUAGUACAAGGAGUCAAUUUAAUACUUUGAUAAGGUAGUUGAUCUUUGCUCCUCAGAUGAAUCCAGCAAUGUUGAUAAUUUGAGACUAAUGGCAAGUGCUUUAUACAACAUCGGCUUUUGCAAUCAAUAAAUGAAGAUGAAUGAGCCAGCAAGCAAAGCUUAUAAGUAAGCAGUAGAAGUAAUGAAGACUUCAAUCAUUAUUGAGAUGGGUAGAAAUGGUUAAAAAGUUGAUGAGGCCAAGAAAACAGCAGAACUGCUAGUUCAGCCUUCUAUUUUCGAUAACGAUUCCUUAAAGGAAUUGAAAGCACUGCUAUAAGAAAUACUAAUUAAGGUUUAAGAGACUAAUGAUCAAGAGAAGAUUGAUGAGCAAAUCUAGCAGAUCAAGAAGGAUGAGGGUGAGGAAGUUAAGGUUGAUGAGAAUUUUGGUAAGCCAAUGGCAAACUCUGAUUAAUUCAAGGAUAUGACUGCUUGUAUUAAGAUUGGAAAGAAGAGAACUCAUAAUGAGAUUAGCAAUCAACUAACUACAUCAGCUGAAGACAAGCUUUCUCAGAAUGAAAGCAAAAAGAUGAAGUUGAAUAAUGAUUCAUAAGGCAAUAGUGAGAAUUAGAAUGCAACCACUGCUUGA